UCUCCCGUUCCUUCUCCCCGCACCGUUCGCCAGAUCGUCUCUUCUCUCGGGACGGGCGCGCUCGGUCCAGGAUCUGGAGGCAGGCGCUGCCUAAUCAGUUCUUCCUUCGUUUCCUUUUUGUCCUUGGCAACACGCAUCAAAGAAACCUGCAAAAAAUCAGGCAGGUUUCGAUUUGGGCCCAAAUCUAUCCUGAUACAGUUGGUAGCUGACUGGCCGCGUGCUUGGAGCGCCAAUAUUUCCCCCAAACAAUAGCGCCCUCCGUCCGCUUGUUGAAAUCUUUAUCCGGUGUGGAGUGGAGCUGCCGUUCAAACCUGUCAUCUGAUUACUUGGGUUGUUUUCCUUGCCGUUGAGCCUUGUGAUGUGCAGUGAAGCCGCGAAUUGUUUCAUUACAUUUGGAUUUUUUUUAAGGCCUGGUGAUCGAAACGAUAUAAUACUUCAUCUUCUAUUUGGAGUUUCAGCUACUUGGGUGCCGUUUCUACAUUGCAAGAUUUGUCGGUGAUAGUAUAUUCACAGAAUUGGCCUGAAAUCUUGCAUCCUGUUGACCAUUCCAACUUCUCCGCGUUGUUGAUGUGAACAUUCUGCUGUGAUGGCGAAGGAGUACUACACUACGAGCAGCCUUGUGGUUGGGUACGCGCUGUGCUCGAGCCUGCUCUCGAUCAUCAACAAGUACGCCGUGACAAAGUUCGGUUUCCCAGGCCUCCUGACCGCUCUACAGUACUCGACAUCCGCUGCUGGUGUCUGGAUCCUCGGAAAGCUAGGCUUCCUCACACAUGACCCCUUCAACCUGGAGACCGCAAAGAAGUUCGCGCCGGCGGCUCUCGUCUUCUACCUAGCCAUAUUCACCAACACGAACCUCCUCUGCCACGCCAACGUCGACACCUUCAUAGUCUUCAGAUCCCUGACCCCGCUCCUGGUCGCCAUCGCCGACACGACGUUCCGGAAGCAGCCAUGCCCUUCCAAGUUCACGUUCCUGUCCCUCGUGGUCAUCCUGGGCGGAGCGGUCGGCUACGUGACGACGGAUUCGGCGUUCAGCCUCACGGCGUACUCGUGGGCGCUCGCGUACCUGGUGACCAUAACGACUGAGAUGGUGUACAUCAAGCACAUCGUCACCAGCCUGGGGCUCAACACCUGGGGCUUCGUGCUCUACAACAACUUCCUCUCCUUGAUGCUGGCCCCCGUGUUCUGGUUCCUUACAGGCGAGCACAGGUCGGUCUUCGCAGCGAUGGAGUCCAGGGGCGAAGGCUGGUUUCAACUGGACGCCGUCGUGGCGGUGGCGCUGUCGUGCGUCUUCGGGCUGCUCAUCAGUUUCUUUGGCUUCGCAGCCAGGAGAGCUGUAUCGGCGACCGCGUUCACCGUGACCGGGGUCGUGAACAAGUUCCUCACCGUGGCCAUCAAUGUCAUGAUCUGGGACAAGCAUGCCAGUGCGUAUGGUUCGGUCUGCUUGCUGUUCACCAUCCUCGGUGGGGUGCUCUACCAGCAAUCGGUUACGGUGAAAGGAAACGGUGCAGUUGUGGCACAGCGUGAGCUGGUGCCCGAGCAACCUGAGGAGGUUGACGAGGAGAAACAAAGCUUAGUUUCUUCAGCUAAAUAAUACGGUGCAACGGAUCACUUGCAAUGAUAGGAUCCGUUUGCAGGUUUAUUCUUUGGCCUUUGAAUGGGCUCGUUUAUGUGUCUGCGAAACAAACAUGAGGGAAUACUAUACUAGUGGAAGUAGCACUUCCGUCAAUGGAAGCCCUGCUAUUGUUUGAAUUUGCAUCAAGAUUGCAACGUUUUGUUCACUGCGAAUGUGUACUUUAGCUGAUAAAGGUGGUUCUUGAUAUUGCAUAUUUUUUUCCUUUA